AUGACAGCAAUAGGUCCUGUUGACAAGAAAGCAGUUAUGAAACUGCUUAUACCUGCAUUAAUCUGCAAUAUGUUAGCAUUUACUUCAAUUCUACCACUAUUCCCAACUAUUCUCAAUUAUUACUCAAAAGAAGGUCACAGGGAUUGGUUAUAUGAUAUCAGUGUAAAAGGGCUUCAAUCAUUUCAAGAAGCCAUUGGAGUGCCUCACAGCGAAAGAUAUGACAAAGUGUUCUUUGGAGGUUUCCUUGGUUCACUGUUCAGUGCUCUCCAAUUCAUUUCCUCCCCAACACUGGGCUCACUGUCGGAUAUUUAUGGAAGAAGAGCAAUUAUCAGUUUAUGUUGUAUCAUGACUUUCAUUUCAUAUGUGAACUGGCUUAAGGCAGACACAUUUGCCUAUUUUGUGCUAUCAAGAAUUCUAGGAGGAUUGAGUAAAGGAAACAUCAAUGUGGCGACUGCAAUUGUUUCAGAUGUGUAUUCACCGGAAGAUCAUCCAAAGGGAAUGGCAUUCAUCGGAAUUUCGUAUUCAGUUGGUUUCCUGGUCGGACCAAUGAUUGGUGCAUAUUUUUCGACAAUUGCUUCACCGGAUGCCCCAUUCGCCUCACCGGCAAUCUUUUCAAUUGUCCUCACCGUCCUCGAAUUCGGAUUUUUGUUCUUCCUACCGGAAACAUUGGAUCUCAAAGAGCAGAAAAGUCUGGAUGACAUUAAAAAAACACGAAAAGAACUAAUCACACCAAAGGAUUUGUUCCAGUUCACUGCAGUAAAUGCCCCACAAGAAAAGAAAAAUGAAAUGCAAAAAGUUGGGUGGAUCUACUUCCUCUUCUUAUUCUUGUACUCGGGACUUGAAUUCACUCUUCCGUUCCUGACUCAUCUGAGAUUUAACUUUGAUAAUAUGCAACAAGGAAAACUGUAUUUGUUUACCGGUCUUCUGAUGCUCCCCAUUCAAGCUAGAUAUGUCCGAAAAACCCCAAUUGAAAAACAAAAGGCUGUCGCAGAAUUUGGAAUUGCUUGCAUCAUUCCGGCUUAUUUGCUCGUGGCUGUUGCCAAAACUCCACUGGUUCUUUACGCUGGACUAUUUUUCUAUGCAAUUGCAUCGGCUACUGUUGUCACCAGUUUGACGUCGUUAGUUCACGUCAUCUACCCACAAAAUGAGAAAGGUGUACUUGCUGGAAUAUUUAGAAGUCUUGGAUGUCUAGCUAGAGCACUUGGACCGGUUAUAUCUUCGACAUUCUUCUGGCUGCUUGGAGCAACAACAUGCUAUAUUAUGGGAGCACUUCUUUUGUUCAUCCCUCUCAUUCUUCUCAAACGACUGGAAAAUCCAGCUGCUAAAAAAACUGUCUAA